CAAAACGACGCCGUUCCCCAACUCCGAAACGCUGCGUUUUGAGCCUAGCAGCCCCUGCUGUGAUUUCUCCACAGCAGGGAUCCGUUCCCGUUAUUUUUAGGAGGGAAAACUCACAACUCGUUUGGUUUCUCUAUGCAGAGUGGAGAUUGUCUCUAGAAAUUUGUUGAUCUCGUAAUAUGGAAAGCGAGGAAGUGAAGGUUGAAGAAGCUCAUGCUUCAAUGUCGAAAGACGAAGCAAUUUUGGUCGAAAUUAACGGCGAAAUCGAUACCCUAAAGAAGGAGCAAUCGCUUACUGAAAAUUUCUAUGUCAGGAAGAGACGCCGGCUUGGAGUGAAUCACGGCGAAGAUUGUGGGGAAAGUAACGGUCUCGUCGUGAAAACUGGAGGAUCAGAGCGACGGAUGGUGACUUACGUGAGACGCGGUAGGGUGAAGAGAGAGAAAUGGGAAGGGGAUUUGGAUAUGAAAGAGAAUCGCUACGAUGUCGGAGACAACGAAAAUUGUGUUUCUUCUUCUUCGUAUGCAGAGUGUAGUAGAGGGGGAAAGAUGGAAUUAGGGGAUAAUGUAGCUGGAAAGGAAGAGGGGAAUGAUUCGGAGAAGGAAAGGAGGAAGGUAGAGGGUGAAGGGUGGUGCUUGGGGGUUAGACAGGCAAGGAUAAAGGCUAUGGAGAAGAUAAAAACAGUGUUGAUGAAUGUCAGUGAUGAUAAAGAGGAUGUGUUAUCAAAUAGGGGGAAGAAGGGGAUUCACAGAAAGAUGAAUAACAAUGGAACUUCACUUGAAGAUAAUGAGGUCGGAGCUAAAAUAGACCAAAUGGAGGAUGAGAAGACUAAGCUGAGAAGGAGUAUGCGUUGUAAAGGGAAGGGGAAGGGUGAAGGAGAAGAGCUAAAUGAAAGUGUUGCAAAGACCAGAGUUGGACGGAAAAAGGAUGAUAAUGGGUUUCUGGAAUCAACGAUGUGUCACCAAUGUCAGAGAAAUGACAAAAGAGAAAUUGUUCGGUGCACUAGAUGUAAGACGAAGCGGUAUUGCAUUCACUGUAUAAAGACCUGGUACCCUGACAUGCCAGCUGAAGCUUUUGCAGAGGCGUGUCCUGUUUGUCAACUGAACUGCAAUUGCAAAUCAUGUUUACGCAUGGAAGUUCCUAUUGAAACUGCUGCCAAGAUUAAGGAGAAGUUGAACUUCAAAGUUGGCGAUGAGCAGAAGAUUCAGUAUUCUAAGUACAUGAUAAAAGUUCUCCUGCCAUUUAUUGAACAGAUUAACAAAGAACAAAUGAUAGAGAGAGAACUCGAGGCUAAGAUUCAAGGAGUAUCAGUUUCAGACACUAAAAUCAUUGAAACAGCAAUGGGUGCAGAUGAGCGCAUUUAUUGUGACAACUGUCGAACUUCUAUUGUUGACUACCACAGAAGCUGUCCACGGUGCUCCUAUGACCUCUGCCUUACUUGUUGUCGAGAACUUAGGGAUGGGCACUUGCAGGGAGGUGAAAAAGGACCAUCUUUUAAAUAUGUCGACUAUGGGUAUGAUUAUCUGCAUGGUGGAAAAAAGAGUGUUCAGGCUUCGACAAUGGAGAAUAAGUUGGAUGAUAGUCCCUGUUCUCCAUCACAAUGGAAAUUAGAGGAAAAUGAUGUCAUUUUGUGUCCCCCUAAAACCAAGGGAGGCUGUGGUGAAGAAAGUUUGGUAUUGAAUUGCUUGUUACCUGAUGAUUAUGUUUCAAAUUUACUUGUGGAAGCAAAAAAAAUAUUUGAUGCGCCCAAAAUUAAAUGUGCCCCUGAAUGCCUCGAGAGAAGCUGUUCCUGUUCAAAAUUCUUGAAUGGAGAUGAUUUCAUGGCCCAAAAGACAUGUAAAGCAGCCUCGCGAGAAGAUUCUAGUGACAAUAAUUUAUACACUCCGUCAGCUGUAGACAUUGAGCAUGGGGAUCUAAAACAUUUCCAGUGGCAUUGGUCAAAGGGUGAGCCAGUAAUAGUGAGCAAUGUACUGGAAACUACCCUUGGCUUGAGUUGGGAACCUAUGGUUAUGUGGCGUGCCUUCCGACAGGUUAAAAACCUUGACCACGAUACACUUCUCGAUGUGACUGCUAUUACAUGCCUCGAUUGGUGUGAGGUGGAUGUGAAUGUUCGACAAUUUUUCAAUGGGUAUUCGGACACAUAUAAGUCACAAUUUGAUGAUCAGGGGUGGCCUCAAAUACUAAAACUGAAAGACUGGCCUCCAUCUACAUUAUUUGAGAAGUUGUUGCCUCGCCAUGGCCUUGAAUUUAUAAGCUGCUUACCGUUUAAAGAGUAUACACAUCCUGAAGAAGGACACUUAAAUCUUGUAACUAAGCUUCCUUCACAGUCUAUUAAACCUGAUAUGGGGCCAAAAACCUACAUAGCUUAUGGAUUUAGAGAAGAGCUAGGGCGUGGAGAUUCUGUAACAAAGCUUCACUGUGAUAUGUCUGAUGCGGUUAAUGUCUUGACACAUAUAAAAGGAGUUUCAAUUCAACCUAAGCAUCUUGAUAAAAUCAAAGAAGUCAAAGCAAAACAUGCUGCUCAAGAUCAAAUGGAGAUUUUUGGAGUUGUUCAGAUGGAAAUUGAUGAACAAGUGAAAGCCAACAUGAACAAUCAGAUACAACUUUCUGGAGGAAAAGUGGAUGUAGGUCUCAAUUUGUGUAGUGGUAGUCUUGAUGAUGCGGAGAGUGGAGCUCUUUGGGACAUCUUUAGGAAACAAGACGUUCCUAAACUAGAGGAGUAUCUCAAAAGGCACUUCAAUGAGUUCAGGCAUAUCUAUGGCAAUCUGCUUCCAGAGGUUAUCCAUCCAAUUCAUGACCAAACUAUUUACUUAUUAACAGAGCACAAAAAACGACUUAAGGAGGAAUAUGGAAUUGAACCAUGGACAUUUAUACAGAGGUUAGGAGAUGCAGUCAUUAUACCAGCGGGCUGCCCUCAUCAAGUCCGAAAUUUGAAGUCUUGCACUAAAGUCGCGCUUGAUUUUGUGUCGCCUGAAAAUAUUCCUUCGUGCUUUCAACUGACUGAAGAGUUUCGUCUGCUUCCCUUGGAUCAUCGGGCUAAGGAAGACAAGCUGGAGGCUCGUUUGCAGGUGAAGAAAAUGUUGAUUCAUGCAAUGAGGAGCGCUGUGGAUGAUGUGAACGGAGUCGAGUCAUCACAGCCUGUAAAGGGAGUCAAGUCAUCCCGUACUGGUAAUUAAGUUUGGGAAGAGAGUAGUUGGAUACAAUAUUGACCAACAUCCUUUUGUGUGGUGAUGGAAGACUCCUUUUUGGACUCAUCGGUCAUCAAAGUAUAUGCUAAGUUUCACUACUAAUGUUAGUCUUCUCUACUUGAAUGAUUGAUGGUGUUUUGGUAUUUACUCUUUUGGUUCAGUAAUAGUAUUUUUUGUACAUUAGUGGUUGAGUUUUUCCAUAGGAUUAAUUACUGAAAUUAUUGUUGGCAAACGAGUCUAGCCAACGGCCAGCCUAAUUUUGGGCCCAACUUACAUUAGGCUAAGGCCUGAAUUUCCAUU